AACGCGGAUCUUUACGGAUUGUGCUAAUCACGAACAUAUAUACUACCGCGAAACAUGUGGUUUCAAAUUUGCGUGAAUCAUAACCAUGCGAAUCGUUGGUUAAAUCGCUGAACGUUAUAAUAAUUGAAGUUUUGUCAAGACAAUUGAGAUUCUCAAAAAAAAAAAUAGAGAUCUCUAUAGACGGUAGAAAUGCAACGCAAUAUACUCCGAGCAGCGAGUUUCCAGGUGUUGCAGAGACGUUUCUUUAAGAAGCAUCACGUUAGGGUUAGAUUCGCACCCAGUCCUACCGGUCAUUUACACUUGGGAGGAUUGCGUACUGCGUUGUAUAAUUAUUUAUUUGCACGUAGCAAACAGGGUGCCUUUAUCUUGAGAAUUGAAGAUACUGAUCAAACAAGGAUAGUCCCAGGAGCAAUUGAGAAGCUGCAGGACGAUCUGUUAUGGGCAGGAAUUAUAUCUGACGAAGAUCCUAUCAGAGGUGGUCCUGUUGGUCCUUAUGUACAGUCAGCAAGACUUGAAUUAUACCGGGAACAAGCACUCAAGCUCUUAGACAAUGGAUCUGCUUAUUAUUGCUUUUGUACAGAACAUAGAAUAGAAUUGUUAAGAAAAGAUGCAUUAAAACGUAGACAAGUGCCCAAAUAUGAUAACAGGUGUCGACAUUACAGUAAAGAUGAAGUGAAAGAAAUGCUCAGAAAAAAAUCUACAUACUGCAUUAGAUUUAAGUUAUCAUCUACACCGGAAUCUUUUCACGAUAUGGUAUAUGGAGAGGUAUUACAUGAUAUUGCCAAAACUGAAGGGGAUCCGGUUAUCGUUAAAUCGGAUGGCUAUCCUACUUAUCAUUUUGCGAAUGUAGUGGAUGAUCAUCUCAUGGAGAUUUCUCAUGUCUUACGAGGUGUUGAAUGGCAAGUGUCUACACCCAAGCACAUUAUGCUUUAUAAAGCAUUUGGUUGGAAUCCUCCUGCUUAUGGGCAUUUACCUUUAAUAUUAAAUUCAGAUGGAUCCAAGCUAUCAAAGAGACAAGGCGACAUAGAUAUUGAAUCAUUUAGGAAACAGGGUAUUUUUCCAUUAGCAUUAUUGAACUAUGUAAUAAGUGCUGGUGGUGGUGGUUUUUACAAAAAAAAUAAUAAUGAAGACCUUCACAGUUAUCAGGAGCUGAUUAAACAAUUCGAUGUUAGUAAAAUAAAGGCAAACUCUGGUAAGCUUAUGCCUGAGAAACUGCUAGAGUUAAAUAAAUUGGAAAUUGUAAAUCUAUUAAGAGACGAGGAGAAUCACAGCAUCUUGAUCGAGAGAGUUAGGAGAUUGGUGUUAAAAGCGUUUCCUCAACAGGGAAAUGAUGGAAAUUUGCAAAUAGAUGACUAUCAUAUAAUUACUACAUUGAAAUGGGCACAGAACAGGAUAUCUACCUUCAACGAUCUUGUCAAGACAGACCUAGCAUUUUUGUGGAUUGUUCCAGUUUCUGCGCCAAGUAUUAAUCAAAAUGAAUGCUCAGAUGCAAUUAAGUUGUUGAACGCGGAGUUGGCUGAAAUGGAUGUAAACAAUUAUAAAACCGAUUGGAUUGGCCCAUAUUUAAAAGAAUUUGCUAAUAAGAAGGGAAUUCCCUUUGCCGCUUUGAUGAAAAUUCUGAGAAGCAUUUUAGGCGGCGUAAAGGAUGGUCCACCUGUUGCUGAGAUGAUGGAAAUCUUGGGGAAAGACAGAACAUUACUGCGAUUACGACGUUACGUUCCUUGAGACUAUGUUACAUCCUUUAACCGCAAAUAGACUAUUAUCGAAUAUACAUCGCUCAAAGAAGUAAAUUCAACAUGUAUAUCUACGAUUUUACGGAAAGGAUACGACGAUUCUGUGAGCUCAGUAAUAUGAUUAAAGUAUCUUCCUCGAAUAAUCAUUCCGCCCCAUUAAAAAUUACAAAAUUAUUUUCUACAUGGUUAAAGCCAUGGUAUAUUAUACUACAGGUUGCGGGCUCGGUUGCAGUUAAAAUUGUUGGAAAUCUAUCAAUCAGGCCGAGUAGUUUGCCGAACUAGAUAGUAUAAUUCGGUCCAAAAAGCUACAUAUUGUAAAACAAUCAGAUGAUCGACGAAACAAAUACUAGUCAAAUACAAUUAUUUUUAAUACAUAAUUGCUAUUAUAUAUUAAAGUUUAGUUGAUAUUGAAUCAAAUAUGUUUUUCUUAUAUUUUAAAGUAGAUUAAUGGAAGAUAUAUAGUAGGAAUUUAUGUAAAAUUCUGCAUAAAAAAAUACAAAACUGUUAUAACGAUACGUUUGAAGAAUAUAUUUUAAACAUCACUGAGCUACUAUAUUAAUAAUUUCGUAACAAGAUUAAUAAUAAAUUAUAUACUUUAAUAAUAAAAGCCAAGUUUUUGAAAUUCAAAUUAAUUAGAAAUUUAUUAAAAAAAGAAAAUAUCGGAAUUUAAGUUUAUUCUAGAACAUUGAUUUCUUGAUACAAUAUGAAUUGUAGUUUACAAUAUAUAAAUUUCAUUUUAUACAAUACGAGAUAUAAUUUUUAACAUUUACACAGUACAAAAAGAUUAAUAAACAUAUAGAAAUUAUGCAUAAUUAUUUUAACAAAACAGAUGUACAAAGUGCGCGUAUGUAACAAAUUGAACACAUUUAUUCUUAAAUAGUUUUUGCAAUAUAUUACAAUGUUCUUAUAAUAAUAAUAAUAAUAAUGUAACAGAAUUUAUAGUCUAUAUCAAAUGUUAGUAUAUAGCAUAUGUUUGAUACUAGCUAGCAUCAAAACGAAAUUCGAUGGUAUCAAAGUCCUGCCAUUGUAUGAUUUUUUUGGACAAAUGUAAAGAUAUUGUGCUCGAAAAAUUAUCAGUUAUUAUACCUAGUAUCGUAAUGAUUUAGAAUUGUUUGGACAAAGUAUUACACCUCAUCGUUUUGAACGUAUAGCUUUGUUAGAAAUUAUGAAAACAUAUUACAAUUACAAAUACAAGUCUUGCUGUGUUCUUGUCUAAGAGGGUCUGUUAUUUUGAAAAGUAAAUAUUUUUAAUUUACAUUUCAUAAAAGGAUAUUCAGUGUAAUUCCUUAGGAAAAAUUAAGUUGUUCAAAUUAACUUAAUUUAAAGUUACUUACAGUUAACUAUAAAUAACUUUAAGUAAUUUUAAGCAACUUUAAGUUAAUUGAACAUCUUAAAGUAAUUUUUCCUAAGGGAUGUUUCAUGUUCUAUAAUUUAUCUCUGAGUAUUCGACAGCAAAUAUAAUAAAACUAACGUAGGAAUAUUAAAUAUUACUUAAUAAAUUACUUAAUAAAAUAUUACAUAAUAAAAUAUAUGUAUUUUAAGUUGUCCUCCAGUGCAAUAUUAGGAUAUAAAUACGCGCUAUCACAAAAUUGAAAGAGUGCCAAUCGAAAUAAGUUAAUUCACAUUAUCGUGUGCUUAAACAUACAGAUCCUAUUAUUCUAAAAAGAGAAGAAAUACUCGACAAAAGAUCAACAAAAGAUCUUAUAUAUAAUAUAUAUAAAAUAACUAUUGCUAAUUCGGAGAAAUAAUAUAUUAAUAUCAUAGAUGAUUAAUUAAAUUUGUUAUUAUAGAUUAGUUAUCAUAGUAAUUUUUUAGAAAUGUUAUACUAGUGAUACAUACUUAUGUGACAAACUUAUGACGCUUAUGACUUCUGUAAACGAAAAUUUUCCUAUGUAUUUUGGAUGUCUUUAUUGAUCUAUAUAACAUUGUAAACACUUCUAAUGUCAAGACUGCAGACGUAUCAAUCUAUCGUGUUUAUCUGUAUCAACAUACAUGUGACAUUUUUCAAUCUCUUUCCUCAACUGUUUUGAUUAGCGAAUAUACUGCUUUCUAAAAGAUUUAGUUUGUUUAUUAUUUGUAAUAUACAAACAUUCCCAAGAUGUUGGAAGCUAAUUCUAAUAUGCAGAAUAUAUUUGUGAUAUUACCAAUACA